AUGCAUGGUGAAGCAGCAAGUGCACCAUUAGAAAACUUACCUGAAGAACAGAAAAAAUCACAAGAACUUCUUUCUAAUUAUAACCCAGAAAAUAUAUAUAACGCUGAUGAAACAGGUUUAUUCUAUCAAUUACUUCUAAAUCAAACACUUUCUACAAAACUGAUGGCUGGAAAAAAAAG